CGCCCUUGUUUGUGUGCUGCUUACUGACAGGUCAGUUCCAUCCGGCCCGUUGGGUACGUGGCUAUUCGUCGGAUUCAGUUGUGAACAUGUUCAGCAACAUGUUAACCCGGCCCACCUCCUAUAAAUCCAUCCUCACCACCCCCAGCAGCAGCAGGCUUGCAACCCUAACAAAACACGGCUAGCCAUCGGGAGAGGAAAGCGCUCUCAUCACUUCCCCAUCCUCAUUCCUUCCUCCGUCCACACCGCAGCCACUACAGAUAGAUACGCCAUCCGACGAGGUCAACUCAAGUCCCCCCUUCCUCCACCACGAUGAGCAGCGGCGGCGCGAGCUUCGAGCAGCACGCGAAUAAGCGGCGGCGGCCGCCCGCUGGGCCGCAGCGCCUGACGCUGUCGGUGCAGGACGCCGACGACGCGGCCGCGGCCGUGGUCCCGCCCGUCACCGUGGUCCUGGACGGGCGCUGCAUCUGCCACCGCGUCCACCUCAACCGCCACACGGGGUACCGCAGCCUGGCGGGCACGCUCCGCCGCAUGUUCGUCGACUCCGACGACGACGACUCCGACGUCCACAACCACCACCACCAGCAGCAGCAGCAGCAGCGCGGCGAGGACGACCUCGACCUCGACCUCGCCAAUGCCGUCCCGGGCCACGUCGUCGCGUACGAGGACAUGGAGGACGACCUCCUCCUCGCCGGCGAUCUCAAGUGGAACUCGAUUUACUCUCUCGAUGGUGUGCAUGAUUGCAUCGCAGCGAUUUUGUUCGCGUCGCCAAAAGGAUCCGGAUCAUCCCUGCCAAGAAGACGACGUCGUCGUCAAGCCGCGCCAAGAAAUGCGGAGGAGGAGAUGUCAACCACAGCAACUAGUCGCCGGCGUCCGGCCGGGCCGGGCUAGCUUUUGUUAGACUCUCGCAUGCAAUUAUUACUGCUAGCCGCUAGCUGCAGCUGUCGUCUACUCCAUCGUUGUGUUCUUCAAUUCAUUCACUCAGCUCUCUCCAUUAUAUUAUACCCGGCCCCAUGCAUGUUGUCGUUAAUUAAAGACCUAUAAUUAAAGCACGUACGCAAAGCAAUGAACAAGGUUAUGUCAU